CACCUACCUACACUCGUCUUGCAGCCACCUUCGGCUCGCAGAUUAAUCAACUUCCAAAAACCCCACACAGCUCGUCUCCAUCUCCCGUGGACGAGCAUCCUCAACCGCCAAGAUGACUACCAUGGAUCUACGCGUCGGUAACAAGUACCGUAUCGGUCGAAAGAUCGGUUCUGGUUCUUUCGGUGACAUCUACCUCGGCACCAACAUCAUCUCCGGUGAGGAGAUUGCCAUCAAGCUCGAGUCCGUCAAGGCCAAGCACCCCCAGCUGGAGUACGAGGCCCGUGUCUACAAGUCCCUCGCUGGCGGUGUCGGCAUCCCCUUUGUCCGUUGGUUCGGUACCGAGUGUGAUUACAACGCCAUGGUUCUCGACCUCCUCGGCCCCAGUCUGGAGGAUCUCUUCAACUUCUGCAACCGAAAGUUCUCCCUCAAGACUGUCCUGCUCCUGGCCGACCAGCUCAUCUCCCGCAUCGAGUACAUCCACGCCAAGUCCUUCAUCCACCGUGAUAUCAAGCCCGACAACUUCCUCAUGGGCAUCGGCAAGCGGGGUAACCAGGUCAAUGUCAUCGAUUUCGGUCUCGCCAAGAAGUACCGCGACCCUAAGACUCACUUCCACAUCCCCUACAGAGAGAACAAGAACCUGACUGGUACUGCCCGUUAUGCCUCCAUCAACACCCAUCUGGGUGUUGAGCAGUCCCGCCGUGACGACAUGGAGUCGCUCGGCUACGUUAUGCUCUACUUCUGCCGUGGCUCCCUUCCCUGGCAGGGACUCAAGGCUGCUACCAAGAAGCAGAAGUACGACCGCAUCAUGGAGAAGAAGAUGACCACCCCCACCGAGGUUCUCUGCCGUGGAUUCCCCAACGAGUUCGCCAUCUAUCUCAACUACACCCGCUCGCUCCGCUUCGACGACAAGCCUGACUACAGCUACCUCCGCAAGAUCUUCCGUGACCUCUUCGUCCGUGAGGGCUUCCAGUACGACUAUGUCUUCGACUGGACCGUCUACAAGUACCAGAAGAACGCCCAGGCCAUCGCUCAGGCUGCCGGGCAGGCCAACCCCGAGGAUGACGAGAAGGCCCGUGCCUCCCGCACUGCUGCCGCCGCCCAGGGCGCCUCCAAGCCCAACGCCAUCCCCAGCUCUCGACGCAAGAUGAUCGAGCGUGGAGCUGGUGCUGGCGUCGACACCCCCGACACCAACCGUGCUAUUGGCGGAAGCGACAGGAUUGGACGAUAAACAGGCUUCGCUCUGCUUCAAAGGGAGCGGGACAUGCCUCUGGCAGCUAUCGGCCUAAAUGAUUGGGGGAAUCUGACGCUCCUCUCAUGGGGCCCUAGAUAUCGGCGACCGACUCCGCGAAACAACCCCAACUUCGACAUCCGGGAACGACACUUGAAGAUACUGGAGGGAUAAGCGUCACUUCUUGACCAACCUCGGGUACAUGGAUCGCUGUCGAUUUGUUGGGGCGCUGUUCGGAUAUGCCUCUUUCCUUCGCAAUUUGCUCUAUCUC